ACGUGACCCGACAGCAGCUUCCGCCUCUCCCUACUUCCGGGUUGUUGUUGUGUGAGCGGUGGAGGAAGUUGCUGUGUGACACUGGAAGGAGAUGGAUUGGUGACCCCUUUUUUUCUGAUCUUGAAGUUUCCUGUCACUUUCCAAGAUGAGUAAACUCCCGGGUGAUCUUCAGACUGACCUGGAACGGAGUCUUCCAGCUAUUGCCUCCAUUAAUUCAUCAUUAAGCCAAAGCCUGUCCUCUCAGUUCUUUUUGCUCCCACAACGCAGGGCCAUUUCUGAUGUUCGGAGGACAUUUUGCCUAUUUGUAACAUUUGAUCUUCUCUUCAUCUCUCUUUUGUGGAUCAUUGAGCUCAAUUCUAAUAAUGGGAUCGAGAAGAACCUGGAAAAUGAAAUCAUCUACUACAAGUUCAACACCUCAUUCUUUGACAUAUUUCUUCUAGCAGUAUUCAGGUUCUCUGUCCUCCUUAUCGGUUAUGCUUAUCUUUUGAAUCAUUUUGAUGUCUUUCAGAUCACAACCCUGGUGACCAGUGCAUUUCUAAUUGCUAAAGUCAUAAUGUCACAGCUUCUGUCUAAGGGGACAUUUGGGUAUUUGCUGCCCAUUAUGUCCUUUGUUUUGGCCUGGCUGGAGACAUGGUUCCUGGAUUUCAAGGUUCUUACACAAGAGGCUGAGGAGGAUAGAUGGCAUCUGGCUGCUCAGGCUGCUGCCCUUCGCCCUCCUCUACUUUACCCAGGGGCACCCUCUGAUGGUCAGUUUUAUUCCCCCCCAGAGUCCUUUGCAGGGUCGGAUGAUGAAUUUGAUGAUGAUGAAGCCGUGGGGAGGAAGGCAAUUACUGCCCAGGAUCGAGAGUAUGUAAGGAAGGGAAAGGAGGCCAUGGAAAUUGUAGAACAGAUACUGGCUCAGGAAAUCAACUGGAAACAUGAAAAAAGCAAUGAAGUUGGAGACGUUGUGUAUACACUUGACAUCCCAUUUCAUGGAAAGACAUUUAUCCUAAAGGCUUUUAUGCAGUGUCCUGCAGAGGUUGUAUACCAAGAAGUUAUCUUACAACCUGAGAAGAUGGUCUUGUGGAACAGAACUGUGGCUGUGUGUCAGGUCCUCCAGCGUGUAGAUGAUAACACACUUAUAUCAUAUGAUGUAGCAGCAGGAGCAGCAGGUGGGGUGGUGUCACCUAGGGAUUUUGUGAAUAUACGCCGUAUUGAGAGAAGAAAAGAUCGGUACUUAUCGGCAGGCAUUGGAGGAACUCAUCCUUCCAGACCUCAACUUACAAAAUAUGUCAGGGGAGAGAAUGGACCAGGCGGCUUUGUUGUUCUAAAGAGCUCCAGGAACCCAUCCGUCUGCACUUUUAUCUGGAUCCUCAACACUGAUUUGAAGGGUCGGCUACCUCGCUACCUCAUUAACCAGAGCCUGGCUGCUACCAUGUUUGAGUUCUGCAGCUAUUUGCGCAAGAGAGUCAGUGAAGUUUACAGCGGCCAGUUAUAAGAUCUCUUCCAGAAAGAAUGAAUUUGCGCUGCCUCCCAUCUGCACUGACGGCAGCUGCUAUUUGCACGUUAAUCCUCUGUUCUAAUUAAAAGGAUGAAGGACCGUCCCGUCCAGCAUACUUACUGUCCCCAAUGUCUUCUGAAAUCUUGUGCUUGCCUUUCCAGUGCAUGUCACCACUAGAAGAGACUUUGGUUUCUAAUGUCCAGUAAGGCAUCUCUGGGGAAUUUUUGAUGUACCAUACUGAAUUGGUGAAAUCGGGUGAUGUGUUGAUGGUUGGCGCACCCCUUCCUGCAAUGUUGGUCACUGCAUUGUUGUAGAAGACCUC